GAUAAGAACGGCUGGACUGAAAGGUUUACAGGGAGUGGUAAAGAAAACAGCUCCUGAUGAACUUCAGGUUAAUAUAUGGGAAGCUGUUCACAUGGAUAAAAUAGUUCCAUCUUUACUCUACAACAUGCAUGAUCCAGGAUUUGUGCCAGUGGACAUAGAGAGCCCAAAAGAUGAGGAAAACCCAGCUCAGGUCGCUGAAACUGUAUUUAGAGAUCUGAUUUGUAGAGCUUCAUAUGGGAAUCUCAAACCAGUGCUGAAACCUAUCCUGGUGCAUAUGGAUAAUCAUGCACUGUGGACACCUCCAACAUUUGUAAUGAGAGUCUUCAAAAUUGUCAUGUAUUCAGUACAGCAACAAUAUGCCUAUGUUGUGAUUCAAGCACUCAUGUCUCAUCUUGACCUACAUACAAGAAGUUCUCCAGAUAUAAAGUCGGCCAUUGUUGAUGUUUUAUUUGAAUCUGUUAUCAUAGCAGCUGGAGCAUCAGUUGGACCAUCAGUGCUUGAUGUGUUCAAUACAUUGGUAAAACAUCUUGGGAUUUCAUUAGAUAAGAAAAGUUCUAAUGAAGCAACUAGAUUACAGGAGAAGAAGUUUGAAGAAGCUAUCAUAAACACCAUAGGUGAAUUUGCUAACAAUCUACCAGACUAUCAGAAGAUAGAGAUUAUGAUGUUUGUGAUGGCAAAGUUUCCACCUUUCUUACAAGAGGAAGUGAUUGGGUCACAGAUGGAUGUUCAAUUACAGACUAUGCUACUGAAGACAUUGUUAAAGGUAGCUACUAAGUAUAAGACAGUGAAUAUAGCGAAUGCAUUUCCUCAAGAGUUCUUGUUACCAUUGUUACGUAUGUCCUUGUUUGAUGACCCAGCCAUGAGAAUUAUUGUACAGGAAAUCUUACAUACACUCAUUGACAGACAUGAAAACACAGAAAAACUCAUGCAUGUACAAGUGUGUAAAGACAUAUCUAAAGCUGGGUUUAAUGUAGAGAAAUGUAAAGGAGCAGAUGCCCUAUUUAUGAAGAAGUAUGGUAUGCAGUUUUACUGGUAUUUGUUGGAGAAUAUAAAGUUAGAAAGUAACAAGGUAGACAACUUUGAGGCUCUGUAUUGUACGAUGGCAUUGAUCUGUGUAGAGAUGACAACAAAAGAGAUAGUACUAGAGCUUAUCAGGCUAGCUCUUGACAUGCAGAAUAUAGCUACAAAUAAUUUAAGCCUGCCAUUGACACAUAAGUGUGCGAUACAUGCCCUUGUACUAGCAUUCAUGAGUUUUCUGGCCCAGGUGUGCGAGUUACAGCAAUUACAUCAAUAUACACAAGAGGUUUUAGAAUGGAGGAAAAAGGAAGCUUCACACCUCUUACCGGAGUUUGCCUUCAACAGAAAUAAUAGACCUGCAAG